AUGAAUUCAAAAGAAAUUCCAAAAAAAAAAAACUUAAAUAAUUCUUAUAACUUAAAAAAUAUAGUUGAUAACAUUAAAACUAAUAGAAAAAUAAAUAAUUAUUCUUUAAAAGUAGUUAAAAACAACUAUAUUGAUGAAAUGGAUCUAGAAAAAGAAAAUAAUUGUAUAAUUGAUAGAAAUAAAGUAGAUCAAGUAAGCAAAUAUAUAUAUACAAAAUUUCCUAAAUUUGAGACACAUAAAAAAAUAAAAUUGUACAAUAUUAAAAUAUCAGAACUUAUUUUAGAAAAUAAGAAAUUAAAAAAGUAUAAUAAUAAUUUAGAAAAAAGAAUUUUAGAGGAAAAUACUGUCUUUGAAGAAAAUUUUAAAAAUUAUGAAAUAUCUAUAUCUAAUGCAUUACGUUUAGGAUAUUCUUCUUUAUUUUUAUCUAAUGUAUUAAAUAAAAUUAUCUAUAGGGAUAAACAAUUUGUUUUAAGAGAAUUAAUGAGAAUAAGAGAUGAAUUUAAAAACAAUUUAUUAAAAUCAUAUAUUCAUAAAUAUUCUGCAGACAAACUAUUAAUUAACAGUAUGGUUAUAAAGAUAGAUUUAAUAUAUGAAAAAAAUGUAAAAUCAGUAACUCUCUUAUUAGUUAGCAUUAUAAAAAAUAAAUUAAGACAUUUUUUAAAAUUUUUUUUGAAUAAUAUUUUAUUCAUAAAAAAAGAAAAAGGAAAACUUCCAGGAGGAAUAGAAAGUGAUGAAUUUUUUUUUAGUCUUUCCUUUUUAAAUCAUGUUGAAAAAGUAGAGAGUUUAUUAGGUUUAGUUAAAUUAAUUCAUACAUUGAAAACUCGCAUAUAUAUAAUAUUACAAUAUUGUUUUUCUAAAUUAGUAAGUAAUAAUGAUGAAAAUUUCAAUAAAAAAAAAAGAACUAAUAGAAAUAAAAAAAAAAAAAUUGAUAAUUCAAGUUAUAUAAAUGGAAUUGAUGAUGUAAAAAAUGUAAAAAUUGAUGAUAUGAAAAAUGUAAAAAUUGAUGAUAUAAAAAAUGUAAAAAUUGAUGAUAUGAAAAAUGUAAAAAUUGAUGAUAUGAAAAAUGUAAAUAUUGAUGAUAUGAAAAAUGUAAAAAUUGAUGAUAUGAAAAAUGUAAAUAUUGAUGAUAUGAAAAAUGAUUACAAUGAUAAAUACACAAUAGAGGAAAAUGAUUUAGUUAAUAACAUAGAUAAUUAUAAUAAAAAUACAAAAAAAAAUAGUAUUGAUAACUAUAUUGAAACAUACAAUGAACUUUCAAGUAAAGAAAAUUGUAUUUUAUUAGAUAAAAAAAAUAUUAUAAAUAAUUUAGAUAAUUAUGAUUCUAACAUGGAGGAUGAUAACUCAAGUAAAAACAGUUAUAUUCCGCAUCCAAAUGAAGUUUAUAAUUAUUUAUAUUAUGGAGAAUUAUUAAAAUUAAAAAAAAACAAAUCUCAAAAUUAUUUUUACAAUCAUAUUGAUGAUAGUGAAUGUUUUAAUUCUUUCCAAUUUGAUAGUGAAACAUCAUUUUCAUGUUAUGAUUUAAAAGAAGAAAUUACUAUCAAAAAGUUUUCAUCAACUCAAAAUGUGGAAAAUUAUCUUAAAUUUGUUUGGAGCAAAUUAAAAAAUUAUAACAAUCAUAUUAAAGAAUAUUCGAAAAAAAUAAAAAAUGAUAAUAUAGAUGUUUUUUUCAAUGAGCCAACAGAUUUUUCAAAAUCAUCAAAAGAAUAUUCAAUAAAUAAAAAAUGUGAUCAAUAUGAUAAAUCUAUUUAUUUAUUUUUAUUAAAUGAAAAAAGAAAAAUUCUAGAAUUGUUAGAACAACAUGGUGCAUUUCAAAUUUGUGAAAAAAAUUUUAUUAAAAAAAAUAAAAAAGAAUAUGCAAAUUUAUAUAAAAGAAAAAAAUUGGAAAUUGAUAAUUGUAAACAGAAACAGCUAGAAUUCUUAAAAAUAACAAAUGAAAGAAUGAUUAAUGAAAGAAUGAUAAAUGAAAAAAUAAAUAAAAAACGAAUAAAUAAAAUUAAUAUGAAAUGUAAAAAAGAACCAAGUAUAUCAUUAAAUCAAUCAUAUAAAAAAAACAAAAUUCAACUAGUAACAGGAUCAGACAAAAAAAAUAACAGUGAAAUGAUUGAGGAAAAUUGUGGAUUAAAAAAUGUCGAUAAUUGUGAUUUAGAAGUCGAGAGUUUUGUGAAAGAAAAUAAGAAAAAAAAAAUAUCACUUCACAUGAUAAAAAGUGAAUUGAAAGAUAUUAUUUCUCAAAUUUAUGAUAACAAUAACGAUAACAUAGAAAAGAAAAAUUUCUUUGAUAAAAAAAUUGAAGAUAUAAAAAAUAAAGUGAGUAAUAUAAAAGAAAAAAGUUUUUUAUGUGUAGUAGGUGAAGGACCUCCAACAAGUAUGAAUUUAAGUUUUAAUAACGAAUCUCAAUAUAUGAAUAAAAGUAAAGAAGAAAAUGUAGACAAUUUAAAAAAAUCAGAAAGUAAAAUAUUGUUAACUCUUAAAAAGUAA